ACGUCGUGCUACCUCCGCGAUGACUUCAGAGAUAUUAAACAUACAACAUUAAGUGAACGUGGAGCUCUCCGAGAGGCUUUGCGUUGCCUCAAGUGCGCUGACGCUCCAUGUCAGAAGGGCUGCCCAACUCAGCUGGACGUAAAAGCAUUUAUCACUAGUAUAUCAAAUAAGAAUUACUAUGGAUCUGCUCGCCAAAUUUUGAGCGAUAAUCCGCUCGGACUGACCUGCGGAAUGAUCUGCCCCACUUCAGACCUUUGCGUCGGCGGUUGUAAUCUACAGGCCAGCGAAGAAGGGCCUAUUAAUAUAGGAGGUCUUCAGCAAUUCGCUUGUGAGGUCUUCAAGAAGAUGAAUAUUCGUCAAAUCGUUUCCAAAGAAGUUCGAGAGGAAAGAAACGAGUCCCAUUCAUCACCUAUUGCUCUUAUAGGAUGCGGUCCGGCUUCAAUAUCAUGCGCGUCGUUUUUGGCCAGACUUGGAUACACUGAUGAUUCGGGAGUGAAAGCGGUGUUCAUUGGUAUUGGCAUGCCGGAACCGAAGAAAAUAGAUGUUUUCCAAGGUCUCACGCAAAGUCAUGGAUUCUUCACCAGCAAAGACUUUUUGCCAAUGGUUGCUGCUGCUAGUAAACCGGGGAUGUGCGGAUGCUCGAAAAAAUCCCUUCCUCACCUGAAGGGGCGUGUCAUUGUACUUGGAGCGGGAGAUACGGCUUUCGACUGUGCUACAUCGGCUCUUCGAUGUGGUGCUUCUAGAGUCACUGUGGUAUUUCGUAAAGGAUUUACUGGUAUACGUGCCGUACCAGAAGAGAUGGAAGCGGCUCGAGAGGAACGGUGUGAAUUUAUGCCUUACUGCUCUCCAAAGGCCGUGAACGUGAAGAACGGUCGUAUCGUCUCUAUGCAAUUCGUCAAGACUGACCAGCACUUAGACGGAACAUGGUACGAAGAUGAAGAGCAGCAACUGACUCUCAAGGCUGAUUACAUUAUCUCUGCAUUCGGCUCGACUCUUCUUGAUCCAGAUGUGGUAUCUGCUAUGGCGCCUGUUGGAAUGAACAAACUGGGAACGCCAAAAGUCGAUAAGACCACCCAAGCAACUGAUGUGCCAGGUGUAUUUGCGGGUGGGGACGUCGCAGGUGUAGCUGAGACGACAGUCGAGUCUGUGAAUGAUGGGAAGGUAGCGGCUUGGUCAAUUCACAAGUACAUUCAGUCACUUCAUGGGAACGAUGUCGGUAACACUCCGAAACUUCCAAUGUUCUACACUCCUAUUGAUGAGAUUGAUAUAUCAGUGGAGAUGUGCGGAGUGAAAUUUGAGAAUCCAUUUGGGCUAGCUUCGGCUCCUCCAACAACAUCAGGGCCAAUGUGUCGCCGAGCUUUCGAGCAGGGGUGGGGAUUCGUUGUGACAAAAACGUUUGGACUGGAUAAGGACCUCGUUACAAAUGUGUCACCUCGAAUCGUCAAAGGAUCAACGAGUGGACCAAUCUAUGGUCCGAAUCAGGGAUCUUUCUUGAAUAUUGAGUUGAUUUCGGAAAAAUCUGCUGCCUAUUGGCUUCAAUGUAUCCGUGAAUUGAAACGAGACUUUCCCACGAAAGUCGUUAUUGCUUCCAUCAUGUGCACCUUCAAUCAGGAAGAUUGGGUCUUGCUUGCCACACAAGCUGAGGAUGCUGGUGCCGACAUUUUGGAGUUGAAUCUUUCAUGCCCUCAUGGAAUGGGCGAAAAAGGAAUGGGCAUGGCCUGUGGGCAGGAUCCGGAAAUCGUCAAAACGAUAUGUAGUUGGGUGAGGAAGGCAGUGAAGAUACCGUUCUUCCCUAAAAUGACUCCCAACAUCACUGAUAUCCGUACGAUCGCUCGAGCUGCCAAGGAAGGAGGGGCUAAUGGGGUUACCGCCACGAAUACGGUAUCAGGACUCAUGCAUAUGAAGGCUGAUGGAACCGCAUGGCCAGCAGUUGGAAUGGAAAAAAGGACAACAUACGGUGGAAUGUCUGGAUCGGCUAUUCGACCCAUUGCUCUUAAAGCAGUAUCCGCUAUUGCCAAUGAUCUGAAAGGAUUCCCUAUAAUGGCAACCGGUGGUAUAGAAAGUGCUGAAACUGGCUUAGCAUUCCUAUCGGCCGGUGCUUCUGUCCUUCAGGUCUGCUCAGCUGUUCAAAACCAGGAUUACACCGUGAUAGACGACUACUGUACUGGUCUGCGAGCUCUUCUUUACCUGAAAGGCGCUAAAACUCUUAAGGAUUGGGAUGGGCAGAGUCCUCCGAUUGAGAGGCAACAAAAAGGGAAACCAGUUACAGGAUUACCUCAUUUUGGCAAAUUCCGAGAGGAGCGAACCCAAAUAGAGAAGAAUACGUUCAGAGACAGCCUUAUCCAAUCAAAUGAUGACAGUUUUGCCUCACGACCGGAUACUGUCGUGGAAGCCGUCCCCACUGUCCAGGUAAUGCUCAAGAUGACACACUUAUCGGAGGGUUACGGAAGUGGACGCGAAGUUGCGAACUCCAUCGGAACUGGGGCGACAUGCUUGGGCACCCAUACUCCGAUUCCUCCAUGA